AUGUCUGAGUUUCCUUCUUCGAUCGAUAGAGAAGCGGCGUCUUCUCUUCUCCUCCUUUCCUCUGGGCCGUUUUUCUUCUCUUCUUCAAGUGAUAGAUCUGGAUCUGAGGGGAAAAAUUUCUCGGUGGGUGAAAGCUAUGGUGAAGGAGGCUUGAGCUUGAGCUUCGUGUCCACCGGAACGAGAUCGUGCGACUCCGCUAUCUCCAACAAUGGCUCGUCUCGGAAGAGCUCUGAGGAUGGCUUCAUGAAUUUCAAGAUUGCGAAAAAACGUCGCACAAGUGUGAUUUGGAGCUCAGCUGAUUUACAGCCAACGCAUUCAAAGGAUCCAGAGUUUGAUGAUCGCUCCAGCGACUCCAGAGAAGAAUCGUGUUUGUCAACAGGUUCGAGUGAGAUCUCAAGCACAGAAAGCAGAAUCAAAACCAUAACUCAAGAGAAACCACACAGAGAUUCAAAGAAGAAAGAGAGCUACAGGUCGAGCUCCGUUCGCCGUAGAGCAGUGAAGAUCCUGGAGCUGUUGAAGAUGGGUUAUGUGAAGAGGUCUGGCGCAGGAGGAAAGCAUGAGCCCUUUGUUUACAAGGUUGCAUGA